GACAGAGCGUUCGAUGAAGCAAGUAUGCAACGGGACGAAGACGAAGGAAGAGUUCAUCGAGGAAGACCUGCAGAUGUACAAGGAAAUGUUCGAGGUCUCGGAGCAGGAGAUCAACAAGCUCAUCACGGUCCGCGACUAGACUGAUCAGAAUGCGGUGUACUGACUUCGUUGCAGAGUCUGAAGCGUCGCCUUAACCCACCAGGUGGCGGCGGAGGGAAUGGCGGAGGCGGCGGAGGUGGGGGCGGGGGCGGGGGAGGCGGCGUUGGCCGUGGAGGCGGCGCAGGCCGGGGCGCUCGAGGUGGGCGCGGACGAGGGGCGGGCGGGCCCGCUAGUCGUGGUGCAGGGCGCGGAGGGCGUGGUGGAGGAGGCGCUGGGCGUGGUACGGGGCCGAUCGACAUCCAGUCCGACGACGAAGGGGGUGAUGACGAUGCACCCCCACCUCCCGCUCGCGCGCCACGCAGUCGAGCGCAGCCCGCUGCAUCAACGUCCCGCCAAGCGUCGACCUCACGACCUGCGCCCAACUCGCGCGCACAGCCUUCCACGUCUCGCCCAGCGUUAUGCGCACAGGGCCCCACAUCUAGCGCUCAAGCACCCUCAUCACGAGCCACAGCGCCCGCCCCACGAGCCGCCGCACCCACCUCUCGAGCUACUGCCACCAAGAGCUGCGAAUGCCCCGGCGGGCGCCCCGCCGCGCGCAAGACCUGGGACAACGCCGGAUCGAACCGCGGGCGCGGGUACUUCACUUGCGCGACCGAGGAGUGCGGGUUCUUCGAGUGGGCGGACGAACUCCCAGCGUCAAGCAUUCCGGCGAAGAGACCGGUGGCAGCCGUGGUGCGUAUACUCAUACAUUUGUCUUUUUCUCUUCAUCUUUUAGCCUCGAGUCAUUUAAACUCGUCAAUCGAGGAGCAAGGCGCUUACAUCCAUC